UUCACAUGUGGUCCUUGUUAGCUGUUUCUGUAUUUUACCAUUCUGUUUCAUGAAAAUAUUUUCUAAAAUGCUUUACUGACCUUUAUUUGAUUAAUUACAAAAAUCCAUAUUUCUGUUUUGUUUUGUUUUCCUGCAGGCAGCGUCAUAAAAUUUUAAUCAAGUGAAAAUGGCCUUUAGCAAUCUGACAUCAAAGGCUGUACUACUGUAUGAUGAAUGGAUUAAAGAUGCCGAUCCAAGACUGGAAGGCUGGCCGCUCAUGUCUUCACCUUUUCCAACAACCUUUAUCAUUGGAACCUACAUUUAUUUUGUCACUUCCUUGGGACCCAGACUCAUGGAAAAUAAAAAACCUUUUGAACUCAGGCAGAUAAUGGCAUUUUACAAUUUCAGUGUGGUAGCUCUCUCUAUAUAUAUGACUUAUGAAUUUCUUAUGUCAGGUUGGGCCACAGGGUACUCAUUCCGGUGUGAUAUCGUUGACUACUCGAGGUCACCUACAGCUCUAAGAAUGGUACGAACUUGCUGGCUGUACUACUUUUCCAAGUUCAUUGAAUUAUUAGACACUAUAUUUUUUGUGCUGCGUAAGAAAAACAACCAAGUUACAUUCCUGCAUGUCUUUCAUCAUUCCAUCAUGCCAUGGACCUGGUGGUUUGGAGUCAAAUUUGCUCCAGGUGGUUUGGGAACAUUUCAUGCUUUGCUGAACUGUAUUGUCCAUGUUGUCAUGUACACUUAUUAUGGAAUCUGUUCUUUGGGACCAGCCUAUCAUAAAUAUUUGUGGUGGAAAAAAUACAUGACAACUAUACAACUUGUCCAGUUUAUUAUGAUUACAUGCCACAUAGGGCAAAUCUACAUCAUGGAUGAUUGUCCGUACCAGUAUCCAAUUUUCAUGUUUAUUAUUUGGCUAUACGGCUCUAUGUUUUUAGUCUUGUUUCUCCACUUCUGGUACCACGCUUACACAAAGGGACAAAGACUUCCAAAGAUGGCAAGAAAUGGGAUCAACAAAGAUCAGUGAAACUAUCUCUUGUCUCAAAAAAACAAAGAAGUGUAUAUGUCAAUGUGGAAACUUGCACUACUUGACAAUCAAGAUAUUUAGGUGCACACACUACACAGUGUAUAUUUUGUAUGUUUUCUUCCAAAACAGAAUUUGUAUUUUUACCAUAAGUUAUUUGGGAUUCAGAAUUUGGGGGGUGGGGGGAGUAGUGUGGAUCUCUAAUUUAAAAAAAGGAAAAAGAAAGAAAAAAGGUGUUUUUUUCAACAACUUAUUCAUGUUUAUCCUAUAAGAAAUGAAUGGGUAGAUGAUCUCUAUCUUGAAGAUGCAUAAAAAUAAAUAUAUUCAUUGGGAAAACUAAAAUGUGUAUGACAAGUACUGAGUACUUUGAACGCUGAGGAGAAAAAAUUACUUCACCUUAAAUGUUGUAAGUUGUUGAGACUGUCAGCUGCAUUUUAUUAAAAGAAUGAAUCUUCAGUAAGUACUGUUUGUAGAAUCUAAGGCUUACUAUUAAUAUAGUUAACACAUAAACAAGUGUAACAACGUUUAUGAACUAUAUUACUUUACAGAAAAGAAUGUAUGUUAAUCUGUCAAGGUAUGGCGUUUCAUUUGAAGAUCAUAGGUUUUUGGAUAUACUGUCUUUUACUAAGAUAACUUAAUUCAUUUCAUAUUUUACUCACUUGAAUGUUAUUCUAAAUGUCAGAAAGCUACUAGUUUGAGGAUUAUCAGGACUGUCUUGUAGUGUAAUGAUCAAAACAUCUCACUGAUCUAUUCACCAAAGUAGCCUAAUAUACUUAGUAUUCAAUGUAUCUAUGGAUAUAUUUCGAUAUUGAUAGCCUAGGCUGUUUAGGGAGGGGAAAAAAAUCUUGUAAUUCAAUAGCCAAAAUCAUAGUCCUCAAAUAAGUUUUAAAAAAAUAUUUUUGAUUGAAGCCUAAAUGUCACCUAGCAUGAUUGUACUAUGCUCUAUUUUCUUCCAUUAUCUGUUGAAGUACAUGUCUAGAAAGUUUUUCUGUUAGCUUUUUUCCAUGAUUAUUAUUGUUUGUUUUUAACAACUCAAGGUUAAAAUGUCUCCAUUAAUAGCACCAGUUACCUUGCCUGGAACCAGACAAAAAGAUACGUGCCAUUCUCUGAGCUGCUGAGAAUGGGUCUGGCAGUGGUGACUGGGCAUGGUUCCAGUCUGUGCAGAAUUAACUGGUAUGUUGUUUUCCAUGGUUAGGCAGAUUGUUCCGGUCACACAUGUAUAGAAAUCAAAAGACCUAGCUAAUGGUAUGUAAGUUGCAUUUGUACUGCACGAAUUUAUUAAGGAAUUGGUGCAUAUAACAGACCUGUAAAUGAGGAGUUAAAGGUGUUUAAAUUAAUGUUACUAUGAAAAGUACUGGUUUAUAUCACGUUCACUACUAACAGAAAAGAAGCUUGCGAUAUUUACUUUGUGCUUGAUUUAUGUGUGGGAUUUUUUUGGGGCAGGUUUUCAUUUCCUCCCUGAUGUACAAUUCCAAGACAGUAAGUUUUGCUACCUGAAUACUUUUAUGGGGAUACUGACAUUUAUAGUGCACUGUUAAUGCUCAAAGAAUUUAAACUUUGUCUUGGACAUGAGUUACAAAUGAUUUGUUAUGAGAUUACAUAUGAGUCUCCUUUAUAAAAUAAAUUAAAAAUAAAUUUA